UACUCCAGAAUUAUAACUAUUUACACAUAAUGUCGCAUUUAACCUUACCCCUCAACUUAUUAUUCCUCAUCUUAACUUUGUAUCUUUCCUUUACGGCCGGCGACCUUGAUUUCUUCACGCAUUCCGAUUACCACGCCGACCUGAUCGCGACAAACAUUUCGAUCCCACGUGGCCUAUUGAUCGACGAAGCAGGUGACAUUCUCGUCCUUUCUCGAGGUGCGAGUAGUAUAAUCGCCCUCCAUCAAGCGCAAAAUGAUGGGUCCACAUAUUCGCAAACGCUAAUCGUCAAUGGAACUGGGCUCGGGUUAAAUCAUGGCAUCGAAUACAGGAACCAAUUCCUGUACGCGUCUAGUGGAUCGACAGUUUACCGCUGGCCGUACGUGCCAGGUCAAAGGUCACAGAUUGAUAACAAUUUAAGGGAGACGGUCAUUUCAAAUAUUUCCGUCCCGGAUGAGAACAAAGUUAACACGAGGACGCUCAUAUUUGAUGAGGACGACUUGCUCUAUGUCACGAUCAACUCGGACAUUCGGUUGGAUAAUGACUCCACUCGGUGUCGGAUGAGGAGGUUUAAUCUGACCGGAGAGAGAGACGAGGGUGGAAUUGAUUUUGAGACGGGAGAGAUAUUCGCCGACGGUCUAAGAAACGAGGUGGGUCUCGCGUUCGACUGUUCCGGUGUGAUGUGGGGUGUGGAAAACGCGGGUGGUGCUGACUACUUAAUCCGUGACGACUUGGGAGGCUGGAUCCAUGACUAUAAUCCAGCCGAGGAAAUUAAUCGGUUUGAUAAGCCGGUUGGUACCCAUUACGGUUACCCGUACUGCUUCGGAAGUUACAACUUAUCAGGAUAUCAAGUUGGGAUGCAGUUUGCCUGGCCUACCGCGAUGGGAGAUGGGAUCCAUAGCGAUGAAUGGUGCAGGACUCGAGCAAAUAACGAACCUGCCACUUUCUUCAUGCCCGCACACACCGCCCCACUCGACAUAGAAUUCUACUGUAACGCCUGCGACGACGCUAACCUGCCCAAAGGUGCGUUUCCCUGUUCCUUCAGAAACGCUGCUGUCAUUACUUUCCACGGUUCAAUGAACAUCAGCACCCCGGUCGGGUACAUGGUUGCCUUGUACCCGUUCGACCCCACAACCAGAGCACCGACCGGGGAGACCAUCACCAUCUUGGAGGACAUGAGUCAGCACACUGACGCCCUCAGCAAGGAGAGACGCUUCAGACCGGUCAGUGCCGUUUUUCAUGGACAAGGACAUCUAAUCGUUUCAGCCGAUACGACCGAUCAAAUUAUCAAAGUGACGUAUAAUAAGAACAAAAGUGGAAGCGGUUCGGGUCCCAGGGCAACUUUUUAUACCCUUAUUUUGUGCAUGUUGCACAGUUUUGUAUUUUAUGCGUAAUAUCUCUUUAAUAUUUUUGGGAAAUUAUGCUUCUCUUUGUACAUAAAUAAAUAAAUAAACAAGGAUGUUAAUCAGUAAA